UUCCGGCGAGUCGGGUGGCUUCCUGCGGCGUCUCCACGCUCGUUCUCUUUUUCGCCUCCCAUCCGCCGCCAUCAUGGGUCGCAUGCACGCUCCCGGGAAGGGCCUGUCCCAGUCGGCUCUGCCGUAUCGCCGCAGCGUCCCGACCUGGCUGAAGCUGACGUCGGACGACGUGAAGGAGCAGAUCUACAAGCUGGCCAAGAAGGGCCUGACGCCAUCCCAGAUCGGUGUCAUCCUGAGGGACUCCCAUGGUGUUGCACAAGUGCGCUUUGUGACAGGCAAUAAAAUCCUGAGGAUCCUUAAGUCUAAAGGACUUGCUCCUGAUCUUCCCGAGGAUCUCUACCAUUUAAUUAAGAAAGCUGUUGCUGUCCGCAAGCAUCUUGAGAGGAACAGAAAGGAUAAGGAUGCUAAAUUCCGUCUGAUCCUAAUUGAGAGUCGUAUUCACCGUUUGGCCCGCUAUUAUAAGACCAAACGGGUUCUCCCUCCCAAUUGGAAAUAUGAAUCAUCAACAGCCUCAGCCUUGGUUGCAUAAAUUUGUGUAUUCAGGCAAUAAAAUCAUUGUUUAACUAGAA